UCGCAGUAAUCCUCUUGACAAAGAGGAGGGUGUUUUUUUUAGUUAAGUUGAUAUGAUAUAUUUUAUUUUGUUAGUUUAAUAUCUGUGUCGUGUUUCAAAUUGGUGUUCGUUGUGUAAUUUAGUUCAUCCGUGUCAGUGCAGAGACUCUACUCCGGGUCUUGAGUCCGUUUUGACGGUUUCCAAACUGCCACUAUCAGUUUAGUGGCUGCGGUGGCCAUGUUUUUUCCCCCAGAAUGGUGAAGUCGUGACUUGCUCAACUUUGCCUCUGAUUGGCUAGUAGUCGUCAUCUUUGUUGAUUGAGUUUGUUAGGUUUAGGUACGAGGAAUGGGAUUGGUUAGAAUUCGGCAAAGACUAUCAGGGUAAACCAAUCAGCGUUAUAGUAAGGUGGGUCAUGCCUUCGCCAUCCUGGGGAAAAAUUAUCUUUGCCGGGUGGGAGAGGCGGGUAAAAAUGUAAACAGUGAUCCGUCCUCAUAGAUAGUUUUUGUUUGGUGGCUUUCUAAAUUAAACUGUGUUGCAGUUUCAUCGGGUGUAACACUGCCAGGUUGCUCUAACGUCACCUUUGAUUUUCUUAUGUUUUCUAACAAUGGCUAUUAACUUUGGCAGCAGUUUGCUAUUAAACGCUAAUUAUACCAACGAUAACUGACCGUUAGCUUAGCUAGUUAGCUAGCUAGGAUCACAGCUUUACAACUAUUGCUAGCAAAACAACUAUAAUAUCUACAUUAAUACUAACGUUAGUUAGCCCUCAGACUAUCAAACGCUAAUAUCUGACGUAUUCUGAUGCAACUUGAUGGAGGACUACGACAAGUUUGUGCAUUAUCACCUCUCCCAUCUGAGGAAAAGUGAGGAGGAACACAACAAACCUUCACCUGCACCCUCUCUUAUUCGCUUCUAUGGCCAGCCCAUCCUUCGUCCCUUGCUGUCAGGGGAGCAGAGGGAGGAGAUGCAGCGACACAGAGAUGCUGCUCGCAGAGCUGAGGUCCACAGAAAGUUGAAGGAUGAUGCAAGAAUGACCUACGUGCAAACUAUGCUACAUAGUGUUCAGCUGAGGAAGACGCCAACACUGGAGGAGUUGCUUCGAGAAUCAGAGAUUAACACAAAAUCAUAUUCCCAUGGUGCCAGUGGUAGAUCAGUGUCUCAGAGCAGUUAUUUCAUAGGAACAAAGGAUAGUGUUUUGUUCUCACCACCCCCUGAGAGGAAUGAAAAGGAUGGUGUUGCUCUUCCUCCACUGACAUCAACUACAUAUAGUGCCUUUUUUGCCUCUAACUUGACACCUCAGCAAAAUUACCAGGAAGGAUGCCUUAUUAACCAAGAUGACAGCCAACUGAGGUCGCAGCCAAGUUCCCUUAAUGGUGUGAGCCACCAGUCAGUAUCCUCUGGUUAUGUGACUCAUGAGAAUGUUGAAAACACCAUCCGUGUCUCUGGAGGGAUUGCAGGGAGAGAGAGCCAUGGCUUUGGCUCCUCAGAGAAAGCUUGUAAUGUGGGUGGCUUUUUCCUUCACAACACCUCAAACACAAUCGCCAAGAUGCCAGAUAUUAUUAGCCAUCCUCCCAUAGAUGGAGAGGAAUUGGAAAGGAGUGGGCUGGAAACAUCCUUUUGUAAUGACUUUAUAGUAGUAAAAGACUUUUCUUGCUCUUCACUGAAGGAGGAUUCAACCAUGUGUGACCAUUUGCCAUUAGACAAAUGUGAAGGCAGCCAUGUGGACAGCGCAGAGGGGGAAGGUAGCUUUCCUGUUCCUCCGGUAUUUGACCUUGACAAAGAUCACCGUUUGGACAGAAUUGAGGGCGUCUCGUCAUCACAAAACAGUGGCUUUUCAGACAAUUCUGAGUUAUCACAGACAUUGACAAGUCAUCAUUGUGCAACUGCAGAAAUGCAUAUUCAGUCCAGCUCCACAACAGAACUUCCAGGGAACCAUGUAGAUGAAGCAGAGCCGUCUGAGGAGCCUUAUCGUCUUAGCCUUCAGGCCCUGCUGAAGAAAUCUCAGGAGUAUCGGCGGCGCCAGCGGAUGCUUAGGAACCAAGCCAAAAACACUAAAAUCCAGGAGAGAGCCCAAGAGCAAGCAAGAGCAAGGACGGAGGAGCGGAGCCUCUCUGAUAAAGAGAAUGACGAGUUCCCUUACAAGGGCACUGUGACUACAGAGGGAAAGAAAGCUAAAGAGAGGAGAGGCACUUUCCACCCAUCAGUGGAAACGUCACCAAAGAAAUCCUGGGAAAAUGAGAGGUUGAUUGAGAGUGAGUUUUUUGGGAAAAAGAACUUAAAAUCUGAAAGUGCACAUUUAGCAGGAGAUGGAAAUACUAAGGAAAUACCUGAUGUUGACGAAGAAAAUAAUAAAUUGAAUAUUUCAGUCCUGACAGAGCCUAAACAAAUCAGCAAAUUUCCCCAGCAACAGCCCAUUUUAACAGAAAUGUCGCCGUUUUACUUGUCCACCAUACCCACAGCUCUUCAUAAAGGAGUAGAGAAAUAUCACACUAUUCCAGCCCCUCAUUUCUGUAGGAGUCCUAUUCACUGCAAAAGCAAAGGUAAUAUCCAAGAAGGAGAAGCUUGUCGUGGGGCUGAGAUGUCAAAAAGGAAAGUUUUAGUUAAUACUGAUUUGAUCGUCAACCGCCAGGUUGAAGACGUUAACCUGGGACAUCAGAACGGGCACAAGGUAGUUCCUUCCACUGUGAAUCUGAUGGGGGAAGGUACUGUAGCAAGAGUUUCAGCUAUGAAUUCCCUGCACAUAGAUGAGCUUGAAUCCAACCUGUCUGGUCUGAAAGUACUGAUCUCAGAUCUGGAGUCCACCCUGAAUCACCACCAGAGUGAGAUCAACACACAAACUGAGUUCAGUUUUGAAAACACCAAGCACUCUGAACAAAUUAAAAAUGAACAACAACUACAGAUUCAUCAAAGUGAUUUUGACUAUUUGGAGGACAAACUGAGGGACGGUAGCAACGAUGGGGAGCAAGACCAAAAGUACAGAGAGUGGCCGAGAAGACAAUCACUAGACAAUUUCAAGAACAUACAUGAAGUUACAGGACCUGAACCAGAAAUCAGAGACACGGUCAAUGUUCCUCUCACAGUGCAGGUAGAAGGAACUGAGGCAGUUAACUUUAGUGAGCUCAGGCUAGUCAAAACCUUAGCUACAGAGAGGGCAACGGAAAAAAGUGCAUGUAAAGAAGAACAUACAAAGAGUCAUGGACAACUUGGUGGCUGUAAAAAGCAGCAGCCCGCAGCUAAAUGUAUCCUCUCUGUAGCACAGCGACUGCGAAUUCCCGACGUAUUCAGAAAUGUUCCAUCUGAAACCACAGCUCCGCCUAACAUCUCAGUGCUUUCGGAUACAAGUAACCAUCCAGUGGAAAGGAGGAAUGAGACAGCUGGAGAAGGUGACGACUCUAUCCGCCUGCCAUCUCUCAACCAGUCGUAUGAUGUGGACGCACCGUCUGGCCUGUGGUUCCUUCAAGGGUCGGGGUCCGACUUGGGUUCGAGAAGUCAUGUUGUUCAGGAGAAACAUCUGACCCCAGAGAGUGGUGGUGAAGGUCAGGGUGGAGUAUCCAAGGUCAAACGGAGACUGCUUAUGCAUGUGGCGGAGGAGACGCUCAAAAGUGGUGCAGAUGUCAGCGGAGGAGAUUAUUCUGCGGUCAGACCCAACUCCAGCACUCCCAGAGCUGCAGUGCAGUGGCAGGAAGGCCAUGGCAGUCAAAAAGACAAGCAGGAACAACUGAAACAUGCCCACGCUGCUCAGGUCAGAGCCCUGCAAGAUGAGCACAGGAAACAACAGGAAGAGCUCCUGCAGGCCUUGGCAGUGCGUUACCAUCUCCUCCAGAGCGUUUCCUUUCCUUACUCCGUGUCAAGCUCGCGUAUUGGGGACACGUUGACCUUUUCUACGCUUUCUCAGCCCUCCAGCCCACUGCCAGAGCGCUGCCGCCCCCUGCUGUUGGCAGCCGUGAAAGGUUUUCUGACUCGCAGGCUGCUGAAGACUGAGAGAGUGGCACAGCUGGUGCGCACCAUCAGGGACACGCAGCAGUUCCUGCAGGCACUACAGCAGCAGAGCCCUGGCAGCAGAGAGUUCUGCAGCAGACAGGACCUUUUGUUGCAGGAGAGAGUCACUCUGCAGCUGCGCGCUGCACGUUACGAGGUCAAUGACAUAUUCUUCAGUCUGUCAGCCGCAGAGAGGAUGCAGCUGAUUCGCUGGGACAGAGAGCUGGCCCGUGAGAGAGAGCUCAGGCGACAGAGUGGACACACAGAUCGACCCAGAGGAAAGAGUUCUCUGUCAGCUGCGACACAAAAAUCACUGGAGAGGAAGAGAGCGAUAAUGAUCCAGAAAAAGGCAGCAGGAAGGCACAAGGGAGUUGUGACGAGGACUGGACACAACGCUGGAAUCUCUGCCGAGCAGCCGCCAGAAACCAAACGAGGACAGUUCAGAGCAAAUCCUCAGAGAGUCCCUAAGAGCACUUACUCCUCUAGACCCCGAUGACACUUGCCUAAUUGGCCCCAGCGAGGACUCCUAAUAAGGCCUCUAGUGAUUACAUGAAUAUUGUAUAACUAUUCAUUUGAGAGUUUCCAAAUCCAAAUUUGUCCCAAAGUGAUGCCUGUUGCUGACAAAUACAUCGUUGUAUUUCAUAUCUGGUUUGAUGUCAGAUUUUUUUACACUGUUUUUAUAAUCAGGGUGUGAUAUAGUCAGACAGAGUAGUGCGACAUCACUGUAGCCCUUAUAUCACUAACAGAAUUUCUUUCUUUUUUUUUACCAGGUCUGCUUCUUGUAUUUGACACCAUCUUCAGUGUUCUAAUGUAGCAGAUGUUGAGGGGGGGGGGAUGUUGAGUUUGCAAAAAACUUCUUUUAGCUGAACUUUCAAAGCUCUGUGCACUGAUGCUGUACUCGUAUGUGCCUCGUUGUCACAUGUCAUAGCAACAGGACAAGCACAAGUGUCAUGAAUACUACACUGAUGAUGGCUCCAUUAAAGCCAGGGGUUCCCAACAUAUAGGUCACAGUGUAGAUCUUGCAAGAUGAUUAGCACAGGAAUGCAGCAAAGACAUACACGGUAUGAGCAACACAAAUGAUAAUUUUCAGUCUUUACUACAGUAAUUACUAUAGUAUAAAAUUAUUCUUUGGCUAACUGUUGACAACUUGAAGACAAGUGACGAGUAGUUGGAACUUCCCAUUGCUUUCUUUUAAGCAGUGAGCGCCUAAAUAGUAAGCAUGUAGUACGCCAUGACUGUGAGGCAGCAUGGCGUACUACAUGCUUACUGUUUAGGUGCUCGCUUAAAGGAAAGCAGCCAUGAUUAAAGUACAUAUUUAUAUAUAUACAUGUUACUAAUAGUUUGUUACUCACAAGUGUUGUGCCUUAAAUAUUUUUCUUAGUGUUUGAAUUCCAUGUCAGCAAUAUCACAUGUAAACUUUUGCAAAAUUUUUAUUCUUACUGACUUUGGAGCUGUUUUGUUUUUUUAUUUAUUUCUAUGUGGUUGGUAAUAAAUGUUUUUUAAAAUUUGAA